AUGUCUGACACUACGAUGCUUGAUGCUAUCAUCCCACAAUUGGUUACGGUCGAGCAGGGCAUCGAAGAGAUCGCUGGCGAACGCAUCUUACCUUUCAUCGUCGAGACUAUCUUGUACAGGCUCUCCAGGAAGGAUCCUCAGCGCGCACCCAGUGGAUAUGCCAUCUCCAUUGGGUUGUACGUCUUGUGUACAGUAUGUUGGGCCCUGAACCUGUCCAUCAUAUUAUCCGAUCUCUCUCGGUUCUAUCCCAGCCACGUACUUCCGGCUACUAAAACGACACCACCUGCCUAUGAGAAGGGUGCGACCUUAUUUGCGCGCGAGGUUUGUGUCGGAGUUGUGUUUGUACACUCCGAUGUAGUCGCGCUUUGGAGAGCAUAUGUCAUCACUGGCAGCCGUCGAUGGGUGGGAGUUGUUUUCGCAGGCUUCUACAUUCUAUCGGCAGCUCUUUACGUCUUUGUUGGUGUAUUGCAUUCCGCUACACUUCUUAGCCACCCGCCUGCGUCGGUGGUUAGCUUUUACUCAAAACAUAUGAUGGCGUACGUGGCUCUGGAAGCCUUGGCGUACUCAGCAACCGCCGGCGCUCAUGUCACGAGUACUGUAUUAAUAGCCCGGAAAGCAUGGAUACAUAGGAAAAGAUUGCAUAUCCUGCUUACACGGGCAUCUAAUAACCGCGCCAGCAACGCCAGCUAUUCUAGGUCUAUAGAAAUACUCUACAUCGUGAUAGAAUCGGGCGUCUUGUACACCUUGCUUUGGAUCAUAUAUGUGUUCUCCGGUUCGUUCAGUGAAGACGGGAAGAGUUGGAGAAGCUCCUGGAUGUACCAGAUCUCGGGAAUGUAUCCGACGCUCGUGGUCGUCGUCGUGCUUUUGCGCGACUCAUUCCUCGAGCAGAGUUCUAUCGAGAUGGAGCGGUCUACGCGCGUCUCCAUCCUCCCCGCUGUCGAGGACAUGGCUCGCAUUGAUCUGCGAACUGAAUCGGACUCUCAUCUUGGCAUGGUGCAACCGCCCCAACUCGCACAUUACUGA